AUCUCAUUUAUUUCUAUUCUUUUCUUCGAGUCACUUUGAAACUGACACUUCUCCUAUCAACAGUAACACCUUAACUAUCCUCACUUUCAUCAGGUACGGUGCCUUCUCAGAUUUGAGAAUUUCAUUAAAAAUUUCACUAUAAAGUGCCUAUUAGAUUCAUAUAUGAUAAAUCUAGCUUGGUGCCUAUUAGGUUGUGAGUGAAUAAUGCUAUGUUUGUUCUCAACAUUUCCUUAAUCUUUUACUUAGAUGUAGAUGAAUAAAGCUAGCUUGUGCUGAAUUUCAGAUUUUUAGAUUAAGGGUGUGUGAGAACUGAGAAAUUUACUUCAUUGUUAGCUGAUUUUUCCCCAAUCAGAUUAGCUAGAGUGUAGUGGAUGUGGAUUUGUGAGUUUAGACAUAGUGGCUUGACUCGAUCUGAUUCGAUUCGAUUCGUGCAAGAUUAGUUGAUUUUGGGAUAGUGGUGAAUUUAGAGUGAGUGAUUUAUGGCCAUUGCAAAGUUGGUUAGGAAAGUGAAACCAUAUGGGUUAUGGGUGAAGAUGACAGCUGUGACAAUGUUGGGUUUGUGCUUCAUCUUUGUGUGGGGGGUGUUCUUGAAUUCGUCUUCGUCUAUUACCACACAAAGGGAAAGCUUUGAAGACAUUAUAGAACCUUCUUCCUCCUCUUCUACUUCUUCUAAAGGGGUUCAAACACAAACACAACUACCACACAAGAAGGAGGAGACUAAGGCAGAGGAAAAGCAAAAUUUUGGUGGCGUGUCGAAUAAGGAGAAGGAUGUGUUGGGGGAGGAUGAGAAGAAUGGUAAUAGUUCUGCCACCGUACAUCAGGAACAUGACAAAGGGGUGGCACCACAUAAAAGGGUGCAUAAGAACGAUAAAGAUAAAUAUAAAGUGAGAGCAAAUGAAGUGUCUGAAUCUGAUGGUAAUGAUGAAUCAGAGGAUAAGGAAGAGAAAGAGGAGAGUGAAGGAGAGUUGGAAGGUGAAAAAGAAGGGUCUGAUCGUGACAGUGAAGUGGGUGUGGAUUUUGAAAUGGAUGAUGGUGGUGACAGUGGUUUAGCUGAAUCUUUGGAUCAGGAUUCUAAACUGUUUGAAGAUGGAGGUGUGGGAACAAGCAAGGGACAAUUUAAAGGGCCAUUGUUUGAUCCAAAUGCUAGCUAUAAGUGGAAAUUGUGUAGUACUCGGAGCAAGCAUAACUAUAUUCCUUGUAUUGAUAUUGAAGUUGGUGGUGGGAAGGUUCAGAGUUACCGUCAUACUGAGAGGAGUUGUCCAAGGGCGCCAGUAAUGUGUUUGGUUCCUCUUCGAAGAGGCUUGAAUCAUAUCCUGACUGGAUAA